AUGCGCUAUUCGGGACUGCAGCGGGAAGUCCUCAAACUCUAUCGACAAUGUCUGCGUGAGGCGGGCAAGAAGCCAGAGGCAACAAGGCAGAACUUUCGAGACGCGGCGCGACGAGAAUUCCGCAAGAACCAGAAGAUCGAUAAAAAAGAUUUCUCCGCGAUCGAGACUCUGCUCCGGAUGGGGUCCCGGAAACUCGAGCUAUACUCGUCACCGGGGGUCAAAGACAUCCAUUGA